AGAUAUUGGAGUACUGUUGCUCCCGAGAACGAGGAACAUCUUGGUCCCGAAAACAGAGUUCAUUACGCCCAAGAAUUACGGUUUUUUUUUCUCAAAGGACUAUUAUCUGGCGCUAUAAAAUGUAGCUAACAGAUUCAAUUCUUGGCACAAUGAUUAGCCUCGCGUUUAGUAUUUUCUUGGACAUGAAAAUGUCGGGGGUGACGCUAUUUGGUGGAAUGGCGGACUGACGGAAUGACGGAACGGAAUGAUGGAAUACAUGGAAUAUUCUAAAAUACGGAAUAUACGGAAUACUCUAAAACGCAGAAUAAGAGAAAAAUCGUUUAAAAAGGGUAUACAUGUAUACAGUCGACUCCAAUAACUCGAACCCUCGCUACUGACUCGAACCUCGUGCUAACUCGAAGUAAUACUAAUUUUUGUUUCUCUUCAGAUCAUUUCUAUAUAAUUUUACCCUCAUUAACUAGAACCGUGUUUUAAGCGCGUGACAAGUAAAAGAACUGACUUACCGUAAUGAUUCGAUUUAGCGCCCAAGGGCUUAUUUACUUUUGGUGCCUCUAGGGAGGACGCUUAUUCGGGACAGGGCGCUUAUUUCUUUUUUGAGAAACAACCAAAUGUUAAAAAAAGAACUUUGAUAUUUAUUUAAAAACGAACAACAUUUGAAACUGUAGCAGUAACAAAUACUGACGGUGAAUGCUCAGUUAACGCGAGGGACUUGCCUUGAAACUUGUAGGGCACUUUUGUCCCUGGAUCCUUCCUCGCCAGAACGACCAGCCGAGCAAUCUCCACAAAAUUUGAAGAAGAGAUCAUUCCUUUGAAGACUUUGAAGACUCUGGAAAAUCUAAAGCAAGCGACCGGACAAAUUUAGGCACAGGUGCGGCCCCCAUUAAUUGGUAGUACAAUCCUGUCACGCUUAAGUUUACAAUUGUUUUUUUUUAGAACAGCCGUUUUAAGAAAGUUAUCCGACAUUAGAUUCCCGUGAUGCCGGACCCUUCACCCGUCAAGAUGGCUUUCAAAACCGUCAUAAGGUCUAUAAUGUGGCUUAAGGCAGUACGAAAAUUGAAUUUUUAAUAUUGCCUCUGGUUUUUCGUCAGUCCAGUUCAAAUCAAAUACAGAAUAUUCUGUAAAUUCCGUGUUUUAGAGUAUUACGUAUAUUCCGUAUUUUACAACUGAUUGCAUGUAUUCUGCCAUUCCGCCGAAUAGGGUCACCCAAAUAUUGGGGAGGACAUCAUAAAAAAAUAUAGGAGACCGUCAGGACUUUUAAAUCGAUGAAAGUGCCUCACUCAUUUUGCAACUUCAUUUUAUAAUAUGCUUCAUAAUUUGUUUCCACAAUAAUAUUUAUGAUAUUUAGAUGAUAACCAAUGCACAACCGGCACUACUUGUCACAUUACCGAUUGGACAGCCUACCAUGCACUCAAACUCUUGCGCAGGAAAGUUACAGAAUGAAUUUAUUUUUUGCUGCACUCAGUCACAUUCCUUUACACUGAAACCUUGGCUAAAAGGUCUCUUUUUAGAUCUGUAGAUUUGUAAGGUAUUUCGAAAUACCCGCACAUGUCUUUCAAUGUUACGGCCCAUCGUCGUACUCGUACUCGGGUCAUUAAAAGCCCCGUGAGACUGGACCUGUGAGAGUAGAAUAAAUUAUGUAGAUAACACGUCACGUGACUUCCUUGCUAGUCGCUCGUAGAUUUGUUGUAAGUCGGGUUCCCGGGCAGUACAUCAACCUGUUGUAAAUCGGUGUAUUGUAAAUCGAGCGGAUUAAAGUUGUGUUCAAGCGUUCAAGUUUGUAUUCAAUCGCUUCCUUACCAUGGUCCUUCACAGCCGGAUACAAGGUGACAUUUGAACAGUAAAUUUGUAAUUCUUCGCAAGGUCAUCACCACGUGGGCGAUAAGAUGGCCGCCAGUCCAAAGACCGAAAAUGAUGAUUUAUCGCAACUUACAGCCGAUCAGCUGCGAAAGCUGCUUCAAGAAAAGGGAUUACCAACUACUGGAAAAAAGAAGGUCUUGAUUGAAAGGUUGGUAGACGAUUCAAAGUCAAAUGUUGUCAAACCAGAGUCGAAGGAAGAAAUGAAUCUUGCUGAGUCAGCGGAGUCUUCGAGUGAAGUAGAAAUUCAAGAGAUUAACUCGAUCAGACGCAAAGCCAAAGCCUUGCAAAUAGAUAUGGACGGGCUGAUUCGGGAAAUUUCGAGCUUAGUCAAAGUACAAGUAACAAAGUGAAAGUAAAGCUGAGAAUUGAAAGACUUACCGUGCACAGAGAGAAAUAUCUUCAGCUGAGAAAUGAAAUAGUCGCGCUGAUCGCGGAGGAUAUGAUAGAAGAAGAACUUCGCAAAUGGGGAGAUCUUUUACGUGUGGUGGAUAAAGCUAUCGAUGUUGCUCAUGAAUACCUCCAAAAGGAUUCCAAAGUGGAAGAUCAUCAGUCUUCAAAAGAAAAUACACAUACUGACAGUCGUCAAUCGUCAAGUCUUAAAUUGCCCAGGAUUGAACUGCCAAAGUUUAAUGGGGAUGUGUUGAAAUUUCAAAACUUCUGGGACCAGUUUGAAGCCGCAGUGCAUAACAAUGAUGACUUACCCAAGGUACAGAAGUUUACUUACCUACGCUCAGUGCUUACUGGUAAUGCUUUGCAAACAAUAGAAGGAUUUGAAGUAACUGGAGCAAAUUAUCAAGCAGCGGUCCAUUGCCUCCAACACAGGUAUGGAAGAAAACGUAUGAUAAUCUCAUCCCUUGUGAAAUCUGUCAUCCAGAUGGAUGCUAAGUCGGCGGUCAGCGCAUCCGCCCUUAGAGAUCUUUAUGACACAUUUAUGAAUAGAACCAGAGCCUUAGAAGCGCUUGGUGAAGAUCCAGCGAGUCAUGGUUGUAUUUUGUUACCCAUCUUUGAGACCAAGUUGCCACCUCAGUUACUAGAAAAAUGGGAGUUAGAGCUUGCAGACACUCAAGAGGAUAAAAUAGAUCUUGAGCCGUGUCUUGCUAGACUCUGGUAGUCAACGUUCAUAUGUGCGCAAGAACAUUGCAGAGUCCCUUGGCUUGCAAGGUCCCUCAGAGUUAUUAAGUGUUACAAUGCUCGGUGGAACAACUAGUGAAACCAAGAGAUUGCAGAGAGUUAAAUUUGCACUUUCGCCAAUGAAAGGAGAUUCCAAGGUGGAGAUGGAGGCCCUUGCUAUUCCCAAGAUUUGUAACCCCCUCGGGCCAGUGCAGUUAGACUUUCGUAAUAACUCUCAUCUUCAAGGUUUAACUCUCGCAGAUUCCUACCCUCGCGAUUCCGUCCAAGUAGACGUCCUUAUUGGUGCAGACUUUUACUACUCGUUCGUAACUGGGUUGUACAAGAAAGGUAGUUCAUCUGAGUCACUUGUUGCUGUUGAAUCUCAUCUCGGGUGGAUUCUUACCGGACAAGUAAACCGUUACUCAAGGUAUACCACAUCCAUGCUUACCGUUGUAGAAAACAGUGGACUCACUAAAAGCUUGAAAAGAUUCUGGGAACUGGAAUCUAUUGGCAUCGCUGAGACUGAAAACACUGUUAUUUCCCGGGAGGAGGAAGUUGCUGUUGCUGACUUCAAUAGAGGAUUGAAAUUUGACGGGAAGAACUAUGAAGUACGACUACCGUGGAAACGUGACCCUCCUAAACUGGAAAGUAACUACAUGCAAGCUGUUAGACGUCUGGAAAGCAUCGAAAGAAGGUUAAGACAUGACCCUGUGAAAGCUAAAGCUUACAAUUCUGCAAUCAAUGAAUAUGUAGAGAAAGGAUUUGCAGAGGUAGUGCCUAACGAGAAUGAUGAAGAUAGAACUGUACGCUACCUGCCGCUUCAUGCUGUGUUCCGUGAUGACAAAACGACGACUAAGUGCAGAAUCGUGUUUGAUGCUUCCGCGCGAGAAGGAGAUGGUGUUUCUCUCAACGAUUGUGUCCUUCCCGGUCCUGCUUUACAGCCCAACCUUGCAUCUGUACUCAUUCGAUUUCGAACAAACAGAAUUGGUCUCAUAGCAGAUAUUGAAAAGAUGUUUCUUCAGGUCAAGCUAGCGCCAGAGGAUAGAGACGUUCACCGGUACCUGUGGAGAGAUUUACAAUUUAACGAAACACCCAAAGUUUAUAGAAUGCAAAGACUGACAUUUGGUGUGAACUCCAGUCCAUUCCUUGCUAUUUCGACUGUCCAUGCUCAUGCAAAAAAAUACGCAGAACUGUUCCCAAAUGCAGUCCAAGAAAUUCUACAAAACAUGUAUGUGGAUGACGUCCUAACAGGAGCCGAUACGGUGGACUCGACUGUGAAACUUCAACAAGACAUGUCAGAGAUCAUGAUGAAAGCGGCGUUUAACUUGACAAAGUGGGCAAGUAACUCACAGCUCGUAAUGGAUGCUAUUGCCCAAAAGAGCCUCAUCGUCACUGGUGGAGUUUGAGUCGAGUGAACCCCUUAAAGCGCUUGGAGUCUCAUGGGAUUUGACCUCUGAUCACUUCCGAUUUCUUGCACCUGGUGGAAUUGUCUUAUCUCCGGAUCCAAUGACAAAGAGAAGCCUGCUUAGUCUAGCAUCGAAAAUGUUUGACCCUUUAGGGUUGAUAUCUCCCUUCACUGUCAGAGCCAAAAUCCUCUUCCAAGAACUGUGGUUGAAAGGAUUAUUGUGGGAUGACCCUUUGGACAGUGAAAUUAAAGCAAAGUGGCUACAUUGGAAGUCAGAGUUGUUGCAACUGAAAGGUGUGACCAUACCCCGAUGCUUCGGGAAUGGCAUCACGCAAGAUUCUAAGAUAGAGCUACAUGGUUUUGGAGAUGCCUCUCCUAAAGCGUACGGAGCAGCAGUGUACAUCAGAAUAGCAGACAAGCAAGGUCAUGUAUCCUCGCAGCUGGUAAUAUCAAAGUCCCGAGUUGCACCUAUAAAGAAAGUGUCACUACCCAGACUGGAACUUUUAGCAGCAGUUGUAAAUGCCAGGUUGUUGAAGUUUGUUGUAGACACUUUGCCUAUGGAAGUGAGUGGUGUUGUGUGUUGGACUGAUAGUAUGGUGGCACUGCAUUGGGUAAAAGGUCAGAGUUCUCGUUGGAAACCAUUUGUGGCGAAUCGAGUGGCAGAAAUACAGUCUACGUGGGUUCCUGAGUGUUGGAGGUACUGUGCUAGUAAGGAGAAUCCUGCAGAUUUGUUGACGCGUGGGUUGAGCUGUGAUGAUAUGAUUACCAAUACCUUAUGGUGGAAUGGACCUCGGUGGCUGCCUUCGAGUGACAAACCUUUACCCGUUCAGCCCCAAGGCGGUACUGUUCCCUCUGAAGUAUGCAAAGAGGAAAGGAAAAUUGCUCAUGGUUGUACAGCAGUCGUUAGAGAGCCGUUAGUUGAUAUGUCGCGUUACGGGACAUGGUUAAAGUUGAUUCGAGUAACCGCUUAUGUACUAGUAGAGCAGUCAAGUUGUUCAAGACUAAAUGUAAGUCUUCUGAAAGUGAACUGUCGGCAGAAGAAGUGAGGAAGGCAGAGCUUAAGUGUUGUAAGUGGGUACAGCAAGAGGUCUAUAAAGAAGAUUACCAGUUGCUAAAGUCCGGACAAACUCUUCCCAAGAACAGCCGCCUUCUCAAACUGGACCCGUAUUAUGACAGAGACGAUCAGGUUAUAAGAGUUGGUGGCCGACUGCAGUUUGCUGAUCUACUUGAACAGACCAAGCAUCAAGUAAUAUUGCCUCACGGACAUCCCGAAGUCGCAAAGAUGGUACUAGACCUACACAAGAUCAUGUUACAUGCGGGCCCAGAAAGCAUACUGUCAACCUUAAGACAGAAAAUUUGGCUGACCCAAGGGAGACGAGAAGUCAAACGUGUUAUCAGAAGAUGCGUGGCUUGCCAAAAACAGCGAGUUGGACCUUGCGCGCAGAAAAUGGGCCCAUUGCCGGAGGAGAGAGUUUCAUGUUCACCAGCUUUCGCGCAUGUUGGAACUGACUUCGCAAGACCUCUCUAUGUAAAAGAAGGUUCAACCAUACAGAAAGUGUACAUUUGUCUAUUCACAUGCGCAUCAUCUCGUAUGAUUCACUUGGAACUAACACACAGCCUUACCACUGAUGAGUUCCUACAAGCCUUUAGUCGCAUGACAAGCCGCAGAGGUCUUUGCCAUACAGUGUGGUCCGACAACGCAAAACCUUUAAGGCUGCAAGCAAGGAAAUCCAGAAAUUGUAUGAUCCUAGUACUCAAAGUCGAACGGUGUGGGAUACAUUGGAUCGAAAUCGAAUUAAUUCUGAGCUCUCGUCGAAAGGGAUUACGUGGAAAUUCAUCACCGAGCGUUCACCAUGGCGAGGCGGAUGGUGGGAACGAUUUUUCAGAGCAAUCAAAGAAUCAUUGCGUAAAGUGCUUGGAAAGGCGCUUCUCACCUUUUCUGAGUUGAACACAUUAUUAAUUCGAAUUGAAGGCAUCAUCAACUCGCGACCAUUAACGGCAGUGAGCGACGAUUGCAGAGACCCUUUGCCGGUUACACCUGCUCAUCUUGCAAUUGGUAGACCAAUUAACCAGUUACCUGAGAGUAAAGAAGAAAGCUUGGAGGAGUCUAGUAAAAGAACUGUCGAAAGGUAUCUUUACCUACAGAGACUACUUAACCACUAUUGGAAACGUUGGCAACGAGAAUAUCUGCACCUGCUGUCCGUGAGAAGUAAAUGGCAAGAGGAAAACCCCUCCAUUCGAGAAGGUGAUAUCGUGUUGGUCUCUGAUGAUAAUGUAUCGCGUACCAAGUGGCCAAUGGCCAGGGUGGAAAAGGUUCAUCCUGGUAAGGACGGACUCGUGCGAACGGCUACUGUGAAAGCACAGAAAGGUGCAUUCAACAGGCCUGUUCAACGCUUACACAGAUUGGAAAUUGAUGCAGCGGCCCCACAAGUUACCCGUGAAGCUGAUGUUCCUGUUGACGGUGGGGAGAAGCCUCAAGCGAACUCUGUUAAUGUUAAAAGUGUACCUAUUCGUAAGCCUAAGAAGAGAGUUGUCCUCCCCGAAGGAGGACAAGGUGGGGAGAAUGUUACGGCCCAUCGUCGUACUCGUACUCGGGUCAUUAAAAGCCCCGUGAGACUGGACCUGUGAGAGUAGAAUAAGUUAUGUAGAUAACACGUCACGUGACUUCCUUGCUAGUCGCUCGUAGAUUUGUUGUAAGUCGGGUUCCCGGGCAGUACAUCAACCUGUUGUAAAUCGGUGUAUUGUAAAUCGAGCGGAUUAAAGUUGUGUUCAAGCGUUCAAGUUUGUAUUCCAUCGCUUCCUUAACAUUCAACACUAACAUUGAAAGAUGAAAGUUUGUUGCUGUGAUAAUUAUGACAAAGAUUGUAAAGAUCAAAUAUAAUUGGAUGUUUUAAGCCCAAAUAUUCUAUCACCUCUUCAACAGCAUGGAGGGGGAAAUGGGGGCUUACGGUAUUGAGCUUUUUUUCAAGUGGUAUUUCGGUAAUUUGGAUUUUAAAGUGGGGUAUUGCGGUAAUAUCAUUUAGCCCUGCGGUAUGCGGUAUUUCUUCCUUUUGGUUAACGGUCUUCGGUAAAAGAAGAUCACGGUAUUGCGGUACUGUUCAUUGCCCUCUCCUGUUUAAUGCUAGCCUGCGUAGCAGGCGUUUGGAUCACCCCUCGCGUGUCUCCCUCACGCGCGCCCGUUCUCUCUCGCGCCCACUACUUCCAAGCGCCUGCUACGCAGGCUAGUUUAAUGCACGUCGGUAUUUUUAAGACUUUAGAUUAAUGGUAAAUGAUUACCAUUACACAAUUUCUGACAGAUAAUCUGUGAUGAAAUUGGUAGGGUAUCUUUUUCGUUCGUUGUACCGAUCAGUUCGAGGUCGUCUCACGUUUCCUCGCAAAAUUAAACAGGAGCCCAUCAAUGAUGGGCUCCUGAAUUAAAUUAAAUUGAUUAAAUACCGCAAUACCGUGAGAAAAAUUGGUAAAUACCGAAAUACCGUGUCAAAAAUCGACGAAAUACCGAUACCGCAUUUAUUUUCCAUAUUGGGUACCUACCAAUGUGCCCCCUAGCAUGGCGUUGCUCUCCAACUUCGUCACCUUUCUUCAGGUCCGCUGACCCCUACACGCGCUGACCCGUAACGUCCGUUGGAAUGUAUGUAACGAAAUACAAGCAGCCCACAUUCAAAGUACUUGGAGACUACCUGAGGCUGAAUUCAUCGUCAUUAAUAGGAAAAACAUAAAACUGUUUCACUUCACGAUUUCUGGUGAUAGAAAGACUGGUUUUUUUUUAACUUAUAUUUCACGUAUUUGUUUGGAUCCCGCUGCAGUUCGGACAAAUGAACGCUGUCACGCGACAACAUUUCCAAGAUUCAACUCUCCUUAGCAGAUGGUAAUUUCGAGUUAUGUAUUGGUCAAAUCGAAGCUUCAACAUGCCCCCCCCCCAGGGCAACCCCCCAGGCAUUUGACUUUUUUGAAAAUUAUUGUUCAAAUUCCCCCCUACCAGCGCCAAAAUGCCGUUCAAAUGCCCCACACUAGGGUCCAUUCAGGUGAUCAAAUGCCCCUACCCUGGGGACAUUUCACAGGCACAAAAAUGACAGAAGGACGGCGGAAACGCCUUCAGUUGUCGAACAAAAUCUGUAUAAAUAUAACAAAAACUGAGAAACACUGUUAGCGUAUUUACUACGAACAAAAUUCUCGUGCAAAGCAGCAGAAAUCGCUGCUACAAGGUCACUGAAUGCUCAGCUUUUCUUCGUCAUGCAACAUACAAAGCGUUCUAUAAAAAAAAGAUCCCACCUUUUGAGAUUACUACAUCAUGACCAUUUCACUGACAUACAUCAUCACUCACCUUAUUAAUUAACUUCCUUGCAGUAGGUCAAAGUAGUUGACCUGAGCUUUUUAUUUUAUUUUAUUUUAUGUUGUUGUAUUGAAUCGCCGGUAUAGGUAUUGUAUUUCAUUGUAAACACAACGAUUAAAUACAUUCGUACACUCAAAGCCUGAAUCCAAUUAAAAAGUUUAAAAUUUAAAUACUUCAAAUACGGCACAAAGCUUGUUUAAGCCCUUUCCUCGUAACCAAUUGGCCACAAAGGCACAAUCUUUUCCACGAAAAUCCUCUAACACCGCGUCCCACAUGAUAGCUCGCCACGCCAAAGAUUUUACAUGACAUCGAGGGUGCAGUUCAAAUUCCCCACCCCUAAAGCAUAGGGAUCAAAUUCCCCACCCCCUGGAAGACUCUGAUAAUCAAAUUCCCUCCUCCCCGGGACGGCAAAGGUGUCAAAUGCCCGGGGUAUGCCCGGGGGGGGCAUGUUGAAGCUUCGAUUUGACCGAUACAUUAUUCUCUUUUUCUGCAAAUCUUUCAUUUUCCUUUCUCUUUUAAUUCUAUAUACAUCUAUUUAGGAUGGUUUUGAGCGCCUAGCAAGGCUUAAAGUGGCGUUUCCCACGCUACCCUUGGCCAUAUUGGCAACAGAGAAGUGAUUCGCUGAAGUGGCAACUUAACGGUAAAUACGGUAACUUUGAACGGUUUUUACAACGUCAGUAUACUUUGGCCGAAAAAUGUUUUUCCGAAAACGUGAUGUAUAUCCCUCCAAUGUCUGAUUCAUCACUGUGAUUGCUUUCAGCAGCGUUUGGACUUUUGAGAAAUUAUUAUUUUAAAAUCAGCUCCAACGCUCCAUCUAAUUUAAUAUGCAAUAUUUGAAAAUUUAUUUUUUAUUCCCUUCGGCAGUUUUUCGAUGUUUAUCGAAUGAUAUUGCAUUAAAAGGCCUUUUUCUUCAUCACUGUGUGGUUUCCUCGCUAUUUUGCGUUGCGAUAGUGAUUUCUGAACCGUUUUUUGCGAGGGCUUAUUUUGGGCCUGAUUUUGCUGCUAUCAGACGGAAAAAGUUUGCGGCUCGAUAUUUUUGGUUUAAAGCGAAACUGAAACAAAAGAAAUUCAUUUUUGAAUAGUAUUCGGUAACCUCUACUUGGGAGAUAAAAAUCGGCCGAUUUUAUUUUUUAGCCGGAAAUCAUCGGUCGUUUCUUAGGCGCAGGGCCUCUUGAAGAACACUUUAUGAUUUUAAUACACCCAAUAAUUCGACAACAAUUUUCUGGGUCUAUUCUCCAGGGGAGGAUCCAGGAAUUUUUUAUUGGAGGGGGUUGUGGGGUCCAAACUUUGGUUCAGAAAGGACUGUUGAACAUUUUUGUGGCAAAUUACCUCUCCCCCACACCCCCCACCCUCCCUCACACCAGUCUCUGAGAAGGCAGAGACGACUACUUGUUUCUUAAUCUGUGAACGCCGGUCGCCGUUGGCACAGGAAAUACUCAGCGCCGUAGCUAGUAUGAGGCCAACCGAGGCACUCGCCUCGGUAAAAUUUUGACGAAUUUCGCCUAUCAUUUUUAUUUUAUAUAAGCGAUCAUCGGAUAUUUUUAACGCAUCAUGAUAUUACAAAGAAUUCAGCAAUUCAGUCAAUAUACUAUGAAAAAAUUACCAUAUCAUCGAUCUCAAGGGGCUACGUACGUUAACUCAAAUUUUUUUUGAACAAAUACUGAUCAAAACCAUUGGCGAUGUUAACGGUCACCCAGAUUAUGUAGCUUGUUUCUGAUUAUUGCUUUUUAAAUUUCACUUAAAUUAACUCGAAAAAAAGGUACCGAAAGGCCCAGAAAACGCUGCAAAUCGCAUUUCCGAGAAAAGUUCAAAAUUUCUCGGGGGGGGGGGGGGCAUGCCCCCGAACCCCCCUAGCAACUCCCGCCUGCCUCGGUUGGCCGUUUGGUCUGGCUACGGCACUGAUACUGCUUUGCGAGCAGAGGCCAACAGAUGAUAGGAGGGUACCCACAAACAAUCACAUUUUUGAACAUCCCUGGAAUUUAGUUUAGCGGCAAAAUAUAACGCACGUUCCAUUAAAAAAUCAGCCAGUUAAAAAGUGAUAUAUGAUCCUAUCGAUGUAAGAAUUUUAGUCUCAAACAAGCGGCGGGUCUGAUGGGGGGGUGGGGGCGUCUGGACCCCCCGGACCUUCCUCCUGGAUCCACCACUGUUCUGUUAUCGACCACAGAAAUGAAAAGUUGUGACCAUAUUGUGGUCAUUUCUGUGGUCGGUACGAAUAUAGACUAAGGAAAGCUGUUGUUGGUUUUUUUUCUUACAUUAACUUUCUCUCGACAACAAUUUUCUAGGUCUAUUCUCUUAUCGACCAUAGAAGUGGAAAGUUUUGUAACCAUUUUUGAUCAUUUCUAUGGUCGAUAAGAAUAUAGACCAAGAAACAUACAAUAACUUUUUCUCGCCAACAAUUUUUUUGGUCUUUUCUCUCAUCGACCAUAGAAAUGCAAGGUUGCGACCAUUUUGGGUCAAUUUCUUAGGUCGAUAAGAACAUAGACUAAGGAAAACUGUUGGUCGUUUGCUUCAUACAAUAACGAGAGAGAAAGGGUAAAAAUUGCACCACCAUGGUCUAUUAUAUCUAGACAAAUUUGUGCGCGAAAAAUCGCUAAUUCAAUGUAAGAAAGGUGUAGUUUCAACAUAUUCUGCUUAGAAAGUCAUGAUGCGAUUACAUCAUUGAUCAGUUUUCAUAAUGAGUUGUUAAUCACCCUUGUUCCUUUUACAUGUCUGAUGUCAAAACUGUUUCUGUUUUACAGUCCGCGCCUUGAUCACUCAUAAACCAUCAUCGAUCACAGUGGAAGAGGGACAAAAUGUGAGCCUGAAGUGUAAAGCUACCGGUUUGCCUGUACCAAUAGUCAUCUGGCGGAAAGCAUUCAGCGGACUGCCGGUAAAGAGAAGUUCAGUAUUCAAUGGAAACCUGAGUAUCCGCAGUGUAACAAAAGCAGAUAGUGGGACUUACGCAUGCUCAGCAAAGAAUCUCCUUGGGGAUGACUCCGCUGUCGCUGUGGUGAUGGUGAAUGACAGGCUACAAUUCACCCUGAUCCCUCUCAGCAAAGUAACUGUCUUAGAAUCUUGCAAAGUGAUUUUGCAUUGCGCAGCUCAGGGUUCAACAGAGAUCAUUUGGAAAAGAGUGGGUAAACAUAUGCCUCAAAAUCAUGUUGUUUAUUCAAACGGAACCUUGCUUCUGACAAACCGCGUUUCUCCAAAUGAUGCCGGUUCGUAUACAUGCAGAGCGAAAAACUCGCUGCGGUCUAUUGAAGCAUCAUCGGUUGUCGAAGUGCCCAAACGUAAACCCACAUCCUGUAGCGAUUUAAAAUCAAGAUGCAGAGAAAAAACUUCAGGAAAUUAUAUUAUUGACCCUGAUGGCAAAGGAGGCGUGGCUCCGUUCAAUGUGUACUGUGACAUGAGUGACAAGGGAGGAGUUGGCGUGACAGUCGUAAGUCACAACAGCGAGAGUAGAACCCAUGUUGGUAAUAUUCCUGGAUGUUAUGUUGCAGGUUGUUACAGCAAGGAUGUGACUUACACUGGAGUUAGCACCGCUCAGUUGGCCGCACUUACUCGUGUCUCACAGAACUGUGAACAGUUUAUCAAGUUUGAAUGCAAUAAUGACGUUGCUUUUAUUCCAGAAGAUAAUUAUGCAUGGUGGGUGUCACGUGACGGAAGGCGCAUCAAUUACUGGGGUGGAGCUACAGGCUUUAACUACAUGUGCGCAUGUGGGGUAACAAACUCUUGCUCAAAUGGUCGAACGUGCAACUGUCACAACAGUGGCGGUGGCUGGAGAGAGGACAGCGGUCUGCUGACUGAUAAGUCUGUUCUACCUGUGACUCAGAUCAGACUGGGAGACUUGGAUGAUUCACAAGAGGAAGGUUAUCACACAUUAGGCAAACUCAAAUGUUAUAGACAAGCAUGA